CCCUUUUCUCUAUUGUGCAAUAAGAUUUGAAGCAAUAUAACUUAUUUACUUGACUUACAAGAAUAGGGAAGGGCACUAAAGUGAGAACUCGAGUAGGAACGUUAUGUAGGAGUAGAAUGUGCUUGAAAGUUAAGAAGGAAUUGUUUUUCAUCGUUGUCUCUGCUCUUGGUUGUGGUAGAGUCUAGUAUCUGUGGGGAGAAGCAUUUCAAAGCGAUAUUAGGAAGAGCGUUCCGCCAAUAGCAUUCACUACAGGGCGGAUAAAAUACUGGAUAAGCAAUUGUGCCUUUUCCUUUGCUACUUAUUUUGGAUACGAGAGGUUUUGUGGACGUAAGGACCCUCAAGAAGUAACUUAAUACGUAUUCAAGUGCAACUGAUAAAUCAACAUGGCUGUUAUAGUGAAUACAAUGAGGGAUUUCAAUAAUAUGUUGAAUAAAUAUCAAGAUCAAAGAACAGCAGAUUGGUUUCUCAUGUCAAGUCCUUUCUACACAUUGGGACUAUGUAUAACAUAUGUAUUUAUAGUCAAGGUAUUAGGACCAAAACUAAUGGAAAAUAGGAAACCCUUUCAAUUGAAAAAUACUUUAGUAAUUUACAAUUUUUUACAAGUAUUAUUCAGUACAUGGAUAUUUUACGAGGUAGGAAUGGGCGGAUGGCUCACUGGAGAAUAUAGUUUAAGAUGUCAACCAGUAGAUUACUCCAAUAAACCAAGUACAUUGAGG